AUGGGCGACAACAUGGUGAUCAGGAGGGGGAAUGCCCAUUUGUCCUUUCAAGGUAUGCCUGGAACUGAGGUGACCUUGUUGUCGCAUGGCCGGCUGUAUGGUUGGUUCAGGGAGAGCAUUUUAUUACAUUUCAUCGGCCUGUGUGCCAAUUGUUGUGAAACUGUUUGUGGACGGUUGGGUGUGUCGAAUGGAGGGGAUGGUUUGCGCCUUUGUGUGGCUGCUGUGAUCGCGAGGUGGGACCGGUCACAGAAGAUAAGGGGAGGAGAACAGGCAGCUGUUCCUCACGAGUUGAUUGAUAGGAUAAGAAUUGAUUUUCUAACAAGACUUUGGCCCACUGGUUGCUCUUUGUUGUCGAUUUGCCAUGCACCACCAGGGGUGGUGGAACUAUGCUAUUGGAGGAAGGCAUGGAGUUGCAACGAUGAGGCUUUUUGGUGGUGCAGUGGGUCGAUUUCAGUUAUUGUGCAGUUAUUUGCAGGCAAUGUGGGAGACAGGGAUAGGAACCGUCUGCCGAUCCUUGCAGUUGCCAAGAGCUCGGUUCUAAGCAUAAGUCAUAAAGCCAAGGCCACGAUGACGAAUGGGUGUUCGUUCUGGGAUAUAAAGCAAGAGGUUGAGCUGUUUGCGCUCUCUAAGUAG